AUGGGGAAUUCUCCUUCUCAAAUUCGCCCGCACCGCAGUCCCUCGCUCCGCGCGCAUCGGUCCCGCAGCAACAGCCACAGUAGCAGCGCCUUACCCCCAGCCGCCCCCCAGGCCUCGGCCAAACCACCAGCCCCUCUCUCGUCCUCCACCACCGAUUUCCGCCCUUCCUCUACCGCCCGCCGCCUCUUCCGCCCCUCCUUAUCGUCUAAUGACGCCCAUACUGUUGCCGACCACGGCAAACCCACCUCCACCGGAUUAAACACCGCCGUCGCCCGCUCGUCAUCUACAGGCGACGCAGUCGAGGGCCCGCGGACGGCGGCGGGAUCCGCGGAGAAACCGGUGCUUGGCGCGAGCGCAAGGCGGCACAACUCCGCGUGUUACCCGCGCGAGGAAACGGGGAAGACGGCUGGACGUGGCGGGACGCAGGAUAGGCAGCUAAAAGAAACCGCCAUUGCCGAAACGAGCUGGGAACGAACAGGAGGGUCAGGACGAGCAGACGGGGAAGGACUGUGGAGCAAUAACCGCUACGAGCAGCUGCUGCCGCUCCUCGCGGGGCUUACGGAGGCGGACUGGUCGGCGCUGCAGCAUUGGGCGGAAAGCGGAUGGCGGUGCGUCGAGUGCGGGACAAGUCGACCCGUUGACCACACAUUCACUCCCCGCGUCGCCUCUCUCCUCCACCUCCUUCGCGCAUUCCCCGCGCCCCCCGCCCUCGCCCCGCUGCCCGCGCCCCCGUGCGCGCACUCCCUCUCCGCCUCCCCCUGCACGUCCGCGCGCAUGUCGGUCUGGGACCGCCAGGCCAGUCUAGACUCUUCUUUAAUCCCCACCACGCCGCCACAUGCGCUCGAGCGACAAGAAAGCCUUCCCGCCAGAAGCGGAACGGCGGGGCUGAAGUUUGUAAACGGUCAGCUGAGCCUCUGCCCGGGGCAGGUUGAAGGUUCCAGGCGGAGGGCGGAAAUACCGCGCAGGCACUCUGCUUCCGCCGGGCCGUCGAGCGCGCUCCCCUCGCCCACCACUGCGGACUCUGGUGCGCGGGUUGCGGGGGUUGCGGAUUUGAGCGCCGUCGUUCACCCUUGCGCCAGCGACGCCGCCGCCUCCGCCGCCGCCGCCGCCGAUGGUCAUUGCGGGAAUCUGAUCACCACCACAAGCAGCAAUGCAAGCGCCAUUAGCGGCGCCGCCGACGCGGCUGCUGCGGUUGCUGCUGGUGCUGCCAUUACUCCUGGUGUAGGGGGCAAUAAUGUCGCUUCCGCGGCCGGUGCGGCAACGGUCGUUGCGGGGCGGGAAUCGUGCAGCAGCAGCGCGAACCUUCACCGCAGCCGCAGUCUCACCGCGCGCAAGCGCCGCCCGCAUCCCCCGUUCGUCGUCGUCCCCUCGCCGCCGCGCACGGCCACACCGCCCAGGGGGACCAUUACCCCCGCGUCCGCACGCCCCGCGCCCGCUACCACUCCCGGACUGAUUAAUGUUUACAUUAGUAGGACUAGCGGGCUUGCGCGUAACGCUCCUGCGGUCACUCCUGUUGCCUCCGCCAAUGCCGCGGCCGGGUGUGCGCGGGGGCGGAGCUGGGAAGAGAGCGCGGAAGGAAGCAGGGGUGGGGAGGGGAUGCGCGGAAGGGGAGCGCCAGGCGCGGAGGAUGACGGCUUGCUAACGCUCCCGCUACCGCCGCUGAAUGCAGCAGAAUUAGAACAACUGAGCGGAAGAGCUGGUGGGGAGGGAGGACUCCGCGGGAGAGGCGGGCGGAAGGACGGGCAAGAGUGGGAAGUGAGCGCGCAGAGUGACGUCAUUCCCGCCACACAUUCCCUGGUUUCGACGGUAAGCCAGGGCAACAAUCUCGGCGCCAGUCACGGCGCCAGUCACGGCACCACCACGCAUCUCCUCCGCUGGGCUUCAAUCGGCGCGCUUCACUCCGCUUUCGGCGGCGUCGGGCAAUCCGCCGCCUCCGCCAGCAGCCCCGUUAAGCUGCUGCGGAGCAAGAGCCGCGGAAAGGGCAGGACGCGGAGCGGGCGGCGGAACGGGGGGUCCGCGCGGGGGGAGGAGCACAGACUGGGCGGAUGCGCAGCGGGCGCGGCGCGCCGAUGCCAUUCUGUGGAGGAGGCGCCGACGGCAAUCGACGCGGCGGCGCGGGGACGCGACGAAUCGGGGGAGAAAGGUUUCGCAGGAAAAGCGGGGGUGCGUGCAGCAGCGGAAUGGGCGGAGAUGAAACCAGCUGCAGCGGAAGGGAGCGCAGGCGCGAGCGCGCGCGGAUGGCAGGUGGAGGACUUAUUCGGAAGGCUCGCGGAGCCGCUUGUGGCUGGCGCUAAAGGUUCCGCCAACGGCGCUGGCGCGACCGGCGCGGACCCCGCGCUCUUCCGCCGCCCGUCGCUUUCCCGCGCGGCACUCGCCCGCUCCGCCAGCUGCUCUCACUUCGACUCGUACCUGUCCGUCCCCCCGCCGUCCCCCGCCACCGUUGCGCCUCUCCCGCCAGCUUCCGCCGCGCAAGUCCCGCCGGUUUCAGUUGCUGCUGCCGCCGCCUUUGCCGCUGCGGCUCGAGACUACGGCAUCGCGCCGGCUGCGGUUGAAAACGCCGCCGAUUGCGGCGGGGGAGGCGGCGGUUACGGCGCGAGCAGCGGUGGCGGAGUGUUCCUGACCUCUUCCUCGCACUCCUCUCCGCCCUCCUCUUCCUCGUCAUCCCCCGAGUUUCCCCCCAGCACCUGCCUUUCGAUGCCCUCCCGCCGCGUGCUCCCCGCGUUCCUGCGCACGUGCGUCGUUCCGCGCGCCAUGGGCGGAGUCCCGCUGCCCCUCCCCCUGCCCCUCGCGGAGCCGCUGGAGAGAGAAUUCAGAGCCAACGAGCGCGCGUUCCUGCGCACCGUCGCCAGCGUUGAAGCCGCCGCGAUCGCCGCCGCCGCCAGCGACGGCACCGCUGCAGCUGCUGACGCGUCACGUCGCGGCGGGAGCGGCGGCGACGGUGGUUUCUGCGGCGGCGGUGAUGGCGGAGAGGAAGAGGAAAGGGGCCGUGAGGAGUGGCGCAUGUGGCGCGCGAGCCCUCCUGUAGGCUCGUCCCCUGCCUCUCUCCCGUCCCCCGCCUCUUCCUCCUCCCGUCGACCAAUCACCAGAGCCGCGUCCUCGCCCUUCCUCUCCUCCCUCCUGCUCCAACAGCGGCAGUUGGGGCGUCAGAGCAGCGGGCUGGGCUGCAGAGAGGACGGAAUGGGCGGGCACGGACAGCAGCAGCAGCAGCAGCAGCAGCAGCAGCAGCAGGGUGGGGUGUGCAGCUUUGUGGAAAGGAAACCAGUUGGUAUUAUUCCCAGGCAGGCAUCCACACAGCCCAACACACCCGUGCAUCCGAUGCAGGGUAACUGCACGCCAGCCCACACUGGCACGCUCGUGCAUAAGCGGUCACACUCACAGGCUGCUGCUGGUGCUGCCGGUGGUGCUGUUGGUCGCUUUAGCUCCCACUCGCGCACCCCAUCUCCGAGCUUUAUUCGCACUGUGGGGGGCACGGACGGCAGGGGCAGCAGAGAGGCGCAGGGGGGAGGUGUGCAGGUACUGCCUCGGGGAGAAGGUGUGGGGCUACUGUCGCUACACGCACAUGCAUCUAAUGCCGCUGACCCCACCACUCUCCCCCCUCCUCCUCCUCCUACUCCUCCUGUGGGUAGGACCAGGCCGCAGUGGCCUUGCUCCCCUCUUCCUCCUGCUCCUGCUGCCACUGCUGCUGUGCGUGGCGGUGGCGGGUUGGCAGCAGCACCUGUGCUGCCCCUCUCUGUCAAGCGCGCGCGAUCGCUGAGUGUCGUCGAGAUGACUCGAGAGCGCAACCGAUUCUUCGCAACAUCUGCUGCUGUCGCCGCCGCCACCGCUGCCGCCGCUGCUGCUGCUGCUGCUUCCGCGGACAGCAGCAGCAACAAGGCUGCGUCCCAAGCUACCACUGCCGCACCUGACAGCAAGGCGCUAACAACAGAGCCUAAUCCUGGGAUCUCCCAAGCACGCGUGGCAUCAGCAGAGCGGGUGCAGCUGCACCGAGCAGCCAGUGACGUGCUCGCAGAGACCCUUCGCCUGCUUGGGUCCGCCGCUUCCCCCUCCUCCGCCUCUCUGCCGGGCUCCCCUGUUUGCAGCCUGCCCGCACGGGGAAUGCAGCCCACGCGGCUGGGACGGAUGGAGCGUGGGAGUUCGGAAGCAGCAGGGGUAGCAACAGGAGCAGCGGGAGUGGCAGCAGCAGGGGUAGAGGGAGAGGCAGUGGGACCAGGCAGCAGUGCAGUGGCAGCGGAAGAAGGGGCGGCAGCAGAGGGGAGUGCGGUGGUGGAAGGGGGGGCUGGUGGCAGGGGCGGUGUGGCACAGGAGCGACUGCUGGCACACGUGUCGGGAGCCUAUGAGGCACUUCUGCGAGACACGACCCCCAACGGAUCCGUGGUGGGGGAGUACCUACUCUCCGCACUGCUCUCUCUCCUCCACUCCUCCUUUGGCUUCGUUGCCAGUGUGCUGCACAACGCCGACGGCACGCCCUACAUCAAGACCCACGCCAUCUCCAACAUAGCCUGGUCACCCGGCCUGCAGCAGUGGCAUGCUCGGAACGCGCAGAGCGGGCUGGUGUUUGCCAACAUGAACACGCUCUUUGGCGCUCCCGUCACCUCGCGCCUGCCAGUCAUCUCCAACCACCCCGCCUCCGACCCUCGCUCCUCGGGGACUCCUCCUGGCCAUGCUCCUGUGCACUGCUUUCUGGGAGUGCCGCUCCUUGUCGGCUCGAACCUUGUUGGUGUCUACGCAGUAGCAAACCGUCCUGGGGGAUACUCCUCGUCACUCUUGGACGCCCUUCAUCCAUUCACCCAAGCAGCAGCCAACAUAAUUUGGACCAUUCAGCAGCGCCGCGCUUCCCCCGUGCCUCUCCCACACACUCCCGUUCCAAAUGCUUGCACAGCUUCUAUCCCGCAUUCCCUUGUUGCAAAUGCACCGUCUGUGCAUGUGUCAGCUGAUUUUUCAGGUAUUUUCGAAAGGACCGCUUGUCCACAUGUUGGACAGAGUCGCACGCUGGAGCCUAGUCGUGAUCGAAUAGCGAUCAUGCGCGACGAUCACGGCGGGGGGUCGUCCCUCCUGAAGCGCAAGUCCAAGUCUUUCCUCACGGUAGCAGCCCACGAGCCGGGCCUAUGCAGCAUCCUUUUCGACCUUGACGGCCGGAACAUUCUAACAGCCGGCGCCGACAAUCAGGUCAAACUGUUUCCCAUCAAGCCGUGCAACGCGUCGUCCGACGGCGACGGCGCGCCGAGUCUGGGCGAUCCGCGGACGGUGCGCGUGGAGCAUAAGGGGCAAAUGACGACGCUGGCGAUGAGUCCCAUGGGCGAUAAGUUCGCCACGGCUGCGGAGGACCACACAGUGAAACUGCACUCGUAUCCUGCUGCGCGGUUCGAGAGCAACGUGACUCGGUUCACUCUUCCCAUCCGCGCGCUCGCAUUCAACGUCUCCGGCGGGCUUCUCGCGGCGGCGGGCGACGACGAGGGCAUUAAAGUCAUAUCCACCGUCGAUUCCUCUAUCGUCUCCGUGCUCAAGGGUCACGACGCUCCCGUGCUGAGCGUGGCGUUCGACCCGAAGAACGAGCUGCUUGCGUCGUGCGACGCGGACGGAACCGUCAUUAUCUGGAGCAUAUCUGAGGCUAAGCCUCUCCACACGCUGCGCGGCGUCGCCCCCGUGAUCGACGCGGUGGCGGCGGAGGAGGAGGCAGACGGCGCGGCGGCAGCGGUGGCGGGUCGGAGCGCCGUGGCAUGGCACCCAGACGGCAGCUUCCUAGCGGCGCCCGGGACUGACUGCGACGUGGUCUGCUACGACCGCGACACGGCUGACGUCAUGCUCACACUCAAGGGGGUGCACAAGUCUCGAGUCGCCGUUCUUGCCUGGUGCCCCAGCGGCCGUUACUUUGCAACGGCCGGCGCUUCGGACGGCACGGUGGCGGCAUGGGACGUGGAGGCGGCGGACGGCGCGUUCGAUCUGGACGUGUGCCGCGUCGAUGCCGGCGCGCCAAUCACGGGCCUGCAAUGGAGCCCUGCGGAUAACGCAAUCGUCGCCAUUGAUUGCGCCGGCUGCUGCGGCGUGUGGCACGGCCCCGUGCCGCCCCACAUGCCCGCGCCGAAUGCGGCGCCGCAGUGGGGAGGGGCGAACAUCGAGCAGCAGAAAGAGGCCCGCCGUACUCGGGAGGAGCUGUUCCGCUUUGAUGACGCGCCCGGCGGAAACGGAAGCGGAAAUUCGGGGCAGGCGGGCGGAGAGGGCAGCGGUGGAGGGCAGGAGGUGUGGGAGGACGAUCUUGGGAAUGACGAGGGGCGCAGGGGGAAGGGGAAGUGGGGAAGCAGGGGCGGAGUGGGGGAGGGGGACGCGGGAGCGGAAUCAGGAGGAGAGGAGGAGAGUGAGGGGGGGUUUCGCGCUCAUGCGGGGAGGAGGAGAGGUGGGGGAGGGGCGCGACACGUGGUGGAAGAUGGGAGUGACAGGGAGGACGAAGUGGGCGGGUGGGAUGGUGAGCGGGAAGAGGAGCGGAGGGGGGGCGCGAAGAGAGAUGGUGGUAAGGGGAGUGGGGGGAAGGGACACGUGAGCCGUGGGGAGAGGAAGGGUGCUGUGGCUGCUCCAGUGGUGUUCAUGCAGCCGCCGUUCCAACCCGGCUCAACCACGCUCACAGCAGCAGCGGGCAGCAGCAGUGCAGAGGGGGAGGAGGGCGUGGAGGGGCCGGGGGGGGUGCGGCUGCGGUACCUGGCAUACGACAUGCUGGGGCGGGUUACCACUCGCAUGGACGCAGAGAGCGAUACAGCGCACGUGGAGGUGGACUUCCAUGACACGUCAGCAGCAGUGACACGUGUGCCAGCGCUGACGGACUACUACGGGUGCACCAUGGGCGUGCUGGGGGAGAGGGGGUACGCGCUCGCCUCGCCUGCGCGCGCCAAGCAGCCCUCCACCAUUCUCUUCCGCCCCUUCACCUCCUGGGCUCCCUCCUCCGAUUGGUCGGUGCGCCUGCCAGCAGGGGAGGAGGUGACAGCCAUUGCCGUGGGCCGCAAGUGGGUGGCGGCCGCAACAUCCCGGAACUUUUUGCGCAUCUUCUCGGACACGGGGCUGCAGCGUGCGAUCGUGUCACUGGAGGGGCCUGUGGUGGCCAUGGCGGGGCAGGGCGCGUUCCUUGCUAUCGCCUUCCAUGCCGCAGGGCCGUACCCUGAUGGUCACCAGGCCAUGCAUAUGCUGCUCCUGGACAUGCAUUCAUCCGCCCUGCGACUGCGCACGCCCAUCGCCCUCUCCCCCGGCGCCUCCCUCGCCUGGCUCGGCUUCUCCACCAUCUCUUCCGACCCCUCUGCACCGCUCCACACCACCGUGCCCACAGUUGCCACAUACGAUUCCCAGGGCGUGGUGCGCAUUCUCUCUCCAGACUUUGGAGGCUGCUGGAUGCCCAUAUUCAGUGCGAGUGCAUCGCCUACGAGUGAGUCGCACCGGCUCUGGAUGGUGGGGCUGGACCUCAGGGAGCAAGCCAUCUUCUUCAUCGUCUGCACCACUGCCUGCCCGCAACCCUCGGUGUUCCCCCGGCCUGUGCUAUCAGAGAUGCCUCUGGCGCUGCCUCUGGCCCUCUCAGACCUCGCAGCAGCUGACUCCCUCCAGGCGGACCUCCUGCGCUCAGCCCUCGCCACCGCACACGUGCGGGCAGUGGCGGACGAGGCAUUGCAGAUGGGGGAGCAGGGGGCGCUGGCAGCAGCAGAGGACGAGGAGGAGCUGCUGAAGCUCGAGGCAGAGAGGGACAAGACGCUUCUGCGCCUGCUCGUCGCUGCUGCCAAAGGAGACAAGUUAGAGCGGGCGAUGGAGCUGGGAACAAUGCUGUCGCUGAGGAAGAGCCUGCAGGGCGCUGUCAAGCUCACCUCUGCUCUGCGUCUGCCCGUGCUCGCCGAACGCCUGCACUCGCUGCUGCAGGAGCGCUUGCGAGCUGAAGAAGACGAGCAGAGGCUUCAGCAACGGAAGGAGCAGCAGCAGCAGCGAAUCACACAAACGCGAGUUUUCCCUGACCCACCAAGCAGUGCCAAUCGUUCUCAGCCACAGCAGCCACAGCCACCGCAGCCACAACCGCACCAGCCCGUAAGUGAGCCGCCUCGAAAGGAGCGCAUUUGUCCCGACCCCCCUCCCUCGACACAGAAGAGUGCAGCCGCAGCAUUGGCCCCGAUGUUUGUCAAGAAGGGCCCAGGGGCAAACCAGAAAGCAGCAGCAGGUGGUCAGAAGAACGCGAAAGUGAAUCCCAAGGGCUCUGAUGCACCUGCUGCUGCAGAUUGCUCCAGCCCUCAAUCGGCUGCCAAAGGCACUGCCACGGACAUUGGUAGUGCUAGAGGCGAGGAGGCAGGUGCUGGUGAUGAGGGUGGGGCGAAAGCACCUGCAGGAAGUGUUAAGUCGUGCAACCCGUUUGGGAAGAAACCUGGGGGUGUAGCAGCGGCCGGUGGGGCUGUGGCUGGCAGGGCGGCCGAAGGGGCUGUCAUGGCUGCAGCGGCACAUGAAGAUCACCAAAAUCAGCAAAAUAUUGCAGCCGCUGCGGCAGCAGCGGCAGCGGCAGCAGCUGCCGGUUCCGGAAUGCCAGGCGGACACACUGAAUACAUUACCAUACCGCAUGUAUCCGUUGACCUUGGCUCAGCCGCUCUUGCUGCACAACACGUCGCUUAUCCUUAUGCGACAACGGACCCGUAUUAUGGAAACAUAGUGACAUUUGGCUCUCAGGCUCUGAUGGCACCACAUUUGUUAGGGAUGCAACAGCAAGCACGCAUGGCGUUGCCGUCAGAGAUUGUGGAGGAGGAGCCAGUGUAUGUCAACGCCAAGCAGUAUCAUGGCAUUCUGCGCCGCCGCCAGGCUCGGGCUAAAGCAGAGGCAGAGAACAGGCUCGUCAAGGCGCGCAAGCCUUAUCUUCACGAGUCACGGCACCAGCAUGCGUUGAGGCGUGCUCGUGGCUGUGGUGGUCGCUUCCUAAACACGAAACAACUGGAAGAGCUGGCGAGGAAAGAAAAUGGGGAGUCAGCCGACGAUCAGAACUCGGCUGGUAAAGACGAGGACAAUAAAAAGCCCAAGCGCGCUCGACGCCCUCCCCAGAAACGCGUAUCCGUGCAGCAAGCAAUUGACAGUGGAAACGACAAGCAGGAUGUGUCAGGAAGCAGCGAUGACGUAAGCGAUUCUCCUGGUACUGGAACGAGCAACGAGGAACUCUCUCGGCCUUCGGGCAAUGCUGCUGGAGGCAUCAACAGUGGCGCGAUCAGUGGUUACCAGCUUUUGGACAGCGGCGCUGCCAGCGUGGCAGCAGGUGCGUCUGCCACAGCAGGGAACACCGCCACUGAUGCUGCUGGGAUGGCUUCCCAAGAGGCCGCAGCACAGCAGUUCAUGAUGAACAGCCUGCAACAGCACCAGCAGCAGAUUCAGUUGCAGCAGCAGCAACAGCAGCAGCAACAGCAACAGCAGCAGCAGGAGCAGCAGCAGCAGCAGCAGCUUCAGCAGCAACAGCAGCAGCAGCAGCAGCAGCAGCAACAACAACAGCAGUCACAGCAGCAGCAGCAGCAGAUUGCUGGAUUCGACCUAGGCUUUGCAGGAGCAAUGGGCUUCUACCCCUUCAGCGGAGUUGGCAACUUUCCUGGUGCAUCCAUGGCAUCGGCUCAAGCGUUUCAGCAACACGCAGGCCAGCAGCAUGCUUUCCACCCGACUGGCGCUCCUGCUGCGUUCCAUCAUGUGUCAGCGUUCCACCCAAUCAAUGCAGGCACUGACGCUGCCAGUGCUGCAGCAGCCGCGGCUGCAAGGAAUGCUGCCGCUGCUGCAACAUACCCGGGAGUUCACACGGAUGGCAAGUCGUGA